UGCGUCCCUCCGCCCCCCUGCGUGUGUGUACUGCUGCUGCGGCUCUCGUCGUCGCGCGAGCACAACACUAGGCUCUUCCCGAGAGAGUCAUAUACAGCCAAAAAAAGGCUAAGUAUAUACAUUAUACACACACAUAUUCGAGUGACGAACGGGAACGAGUCUUCGCUCGGCCCAGACGCCCAGUGCGUGCGUGCGAGCAGUAAGCAGCAGCGAAGUGAGCGAGCCGAGGAAGCGACUGAUCACAACACAGCGGCGCGGUUCCUGCGAUACCGUAUACUAUAGAGCAGCAAGGAGCACGAUCACUCGUCGUUCUACAGAUUCCUACAAAUGGAGAAAAAUCACAAGAACACGGACUGCUACUUUUUCUACUACUCGACGUGCACCAAGGGUGAUAGCUGUGCUUACCGCCAUGAAGCAUCCGCACUGGGAUGCGAGACCGUGUGCUCGUAUUGGCAGCAGGGAAGCUGUCUCAAUCAACAUUGCAACUUCCGACACAUGGAUAUUAAGAAAAAUCGCAAAGUGAUUCCUUGUUAUUGGGAGAAAUUUCCCACUGGUUGCAAGAAGCCACAUUGCCCUUUCUUACAUAGGCUCAAUAGGAGUGGAGUUCCCAAUCCUAUCGAAUCCGUAAAAGCAGGUUCUACACCAGCAAAGCCUGUCAAUCAAGAAUGGUCAAAUCGUCAAGAUGCAAAGUUCGAUGGUAACAGUACCGAGUCGGAACAGGGCCGUGGCAGCAGCGAGGCCGGCAGCUUCAUCGGCAGCCCGGUCGUCGAUCCUCUCAUCGUCAACUUUGAAGAAGAAUCGGACAGUGAGAGCGCACCGUCUCCAACCAAGAACCUCCGCAAUCGGAUAUCAUCUUGCAAGACUUACGAGGAGAUCAGACUGGAGGAGAUACAAGCUGAGAGCGCGGCCUUCUACUCGUACGUAUUGAGCGAAGAUUACCAAAACUCAUCAUCUCCAGCUGCAGGUGGUGGAAAAAUCAAGAAACAGUCGAGCUCUAGAAAUCUACGCCUCGCCACUGGGGACAGUAUUUAUGGACGAGAGAAAAAGAGCGAAAAAGAGAAGCAAGAUUCGGACGAGCUGAACUUUGAGGUACUGAGCCUGGCGGAGAUUCGCAGGAGGAGGAGCGAAAAAAAGGCAGAGCUAAACAAGAAAGAGGAGCAGGAAGAGGUUUUCUUAAAGGAUGCUGUCAAGGCUCUUGACGAACUCAAGUCUGAUGUGGAAAUUACAGAGACCACUACUACGAUCACGGUGACAAGGAAAAAGAGGAGCUUUUAUGAUGUGCAAUCCAACGACAGCGAGGACAGCGCGAAGAAAGCUCGGAUGCAAACUGUGGUAGGAAAAGCGCCACCGAUCAAGUUGAGAAGGCGCAGGAUAACCAGUAUUUCCAAGGAGGAUGACAAUGCUGCCGAGACUCGAAAGGAAGAGGAAGAACGAAAAGCCAAGGAGAGACUAGCAGAGGAAAGCAAGGACAACGUAGAUAGUUCUAGCUCUGCCAGGGGACAGAGCGUCGAGGUGAGGGUAUGCGAUAGCAGCACCGAUGACAACCAAUCUACCGAGUCACUCGAGGAAAAGGAUAAAAAAGACAAGUCCAUAACGGAGAGUCUCGACGACAGCUUGGACAAGCCGUUGGACGUCUGUGACAGCGCAGUGAAGCUGGACGAUAAAGGUAGACUGCCGUCGAUUGAUGCCGAAGACGACAUCCUCAAGGAUAUCGAUGCUCUUCUCACGGAUGAAUCAGUUUCGUGAAAUUCUCCGCUUCUGCGCCUUGCUAAAAGAUGCCUGAGUCGUAUGCGUUUAUUCGUUUUGUUAUAAGCUGUAAAGAGAAGUAGAGUGUUAUGUUGCCGAGAAGAACUUUUCUUCGUCGCGUUCAGAUCUCGUUGCAAUCAAAGUCCUUUUUAGCCAUUUUUAGAUCUCUUCGGAUUUAUGAUUAACUUGAUUUAAACGUAUGCAAUAAUUAUUGUUAUUUAUUCACCUAUAGGUAAGUGUUUGGAGCUGUUUUUAAUCAAAAGUCCGCACAGGAGGUAUUUCGACUUCAGAGUUAAUGAAAAUUUCCUAUAAUUUAGCUCUUUAACCAUCUAGAUGUAGAAUUGUAGAUGUUUCGAAGAAAGUAUAGACUAAUAGUUUCUUAUGCCCCGAUCAAAGUAUUCUUUUCUCGCGCGUUGUUUCGUCAACUAAGAGUUUUAUAAAGAGAUUUUAAAUAAAGAUGAAACUAUCAAAAUCGUGUAUUCUUAAAUGAUCAAAUGUACAAAUCGCUAAAGAAACAAAUAUAUAAUUGUUACAUUUUUAAAGUA